CGAACCCUCAAUUAUCAAGGAAAACGAACUUCGGGAGAUGGACGUGCUCCUGGGCUAGGGCUUCCGGGUCCACCAUCCCGAUGCCGUUGGGGGGAUUAGUUUAACCUACAAUCCAAAUCCCAAGAAAUAUAUGGUCAUGCAGUACCACUCUGUGGAGAAUGGAUUUAGGUUGCCCCUCCACGGCCUGCUCCGCGACCUCUGCCUCCAUUUUGGAUUUGCUCCGGGCCAAUUGACUGCCAACGCACACAAGUAUAUCGCGUCCUUCAUCCUACGGUGCUGUGCCCUGGACAAAACCCCGACACUGGACGAAUUUCUUCUCCUCUUCAGCAUCGGUGGUUUUCCCUUUUACAGUCUAUACCCCCACCAUCAUUUUCCUAUUUUUGAGAAGGUCGAGCUCAAGAUCGACAAAUGGGCGCUUAAAUACUUCGUCAAUGAAUUCCCGGCUCACAGCCCCAUCGAUCUGCCGGGUGUUGUCCUCCGCCGUUCCAUCUCCCAGACGAAAUUCGCCUCGACAAACUUGGCGGAAGGCACGUAUAAUGCUCUGAGAGAGAAGGAGGGUUUAAUUUCCCACCACUCUCUCCAAGAGGCUAAACUGUACAAAAAGGCAGGUUUCUAUUAUCCCCUGGGUCCUGACCCGAUUCCCUUUGAGGAGGUACCCUCCCCCGAGAGAUCGAAAGCUCCUUCUGCUGCAGAGUCCAACCCGGCUGCAAGCUCUUCUGGAGAUCGGCCCCAAGGUGGUUCCACUACCUUAGUUGUGCGCAAUCCGGAUGCUGCUCUGAAUGUUGUUCCUAUCUCUGCCAUUCCCGGACUCAGGAGGCCCACUCCGUCCCAGAAACGGCCAAGGGUGGGAGUCACUGAUGAUGACUUCCUACCAAAAAGGAAUAGGGGUUAUAAUAUCUCCGUUUCACCCAGCCCCCUGUCAACCUCUUCUAGUCCUCAGAAUUCUUCUUCCGCUGGCACUCCCGGAAGUUUAGGGCUGGAGCUACCCAACCCGGGGAAUCUGGACCAGGAAGCAGAUGAACCUCCAUGCCAGGCGUCACUCACAAAACCUGCGGUGCAACCUCCGCCCGAUGCAAACAAUUCCCCUCCUCAAACCGUAUCUGCCCCACUAGAACCGGAGGAAAAAGCUGAAGGGCAGAAAGAACCAGAGUCUUCUCUCGCAGCAGAGGAUGAAGUUGAAGUGCGGCUGGAAGCAGAAAUCUCCCACCUAGAGGAUAAUGGGGCUGGAGAGCAGAGAGAUGCUGGAGCUCCCUCAGAGAUGGAGAGAGAGAUUGGGAAUCAACCGGAGCAGAAGGGACAGGGUUCUACGGCCACACUCCCAGCCCCCAAUAUCCCCAUCCGGCGUAAGUUCACACCGCAAACUUACUCCGCUUUUACCGAGGGUUGGGAAGGCCUUUCCCGCGGUUUGAGAUCCCUUCAGGCCUCCCACUGGAAUAUCCAGGCGAACCUGGAGAGGAUGAGGGACUCAGUGCAGGGGCCCACAACUCUCCAGCCUCGCCCCAACCUGCUUGCCCUCAAUGCCCUGCACUUUAUGGAGCAGGCCCAGCAAUCACUCCUCACUUUGACUGAGGAGUACCUGGGUGGAGCAUCAGGGAACUUCCAGGCUGCAAUGCUCCUGUGGGAGAGGGAUCUGGCUGCCAGGGCAUUGCAACAAAAGGUUGACUCCUUGGAGCAACAAAUCCAGGUCCUGCAAGGGGAGAAUGCCCGGCUCCAAGCAGAUGGCUCCGCGGAGCUUGCAGCUGAGAGGUCCAAGGUCCAGUCCCUGCAAGAUCAAAUUGCUAAUUACCACAAGGAGACCCAGGAUCUGGAAGUGCAGUUCGAUAGAUUCCAGGCUCAAAUCUCAAAUCUGGAAUCAAGGGCCUCACCUUCAGAGGGCCAGUUCCCAGCAAAAUGCUCUAGGAAUCGUAGUCCCAAUUCAUCCCACGUUCGGACUGAUCCGGCAGGGAUAUGGUUGACCCAGUCUGCAACCUUGCUAUCAACGGUCUGCAAGAAGCAUCGACACAUGAGUGCGUCACUGGCGUCCAUGGCGAUCAUCACUUGGACAUAGCUAUUUAUGUGCUCUUGGGGGUCUGAUUCGCCGUCAUAACGCUUGACAAAUGGCAUUUUGAAUCCCUGCGGAUAUGGUUCCGCAAAGAUCUCUGAAGCCAAGGGAGUAUUCGUUCGAGUAGUGAAUACUCGACCCUUGUUUAUCUUCCUCUGCAUCUCCUGGAUCUGCUGUCUCAGGUCU